AUGACCCAUCCCGAGAAUAACCUCAUUCCUCAUUAUGGUCGGUUUCUGUGCCACAAGCUCAUCCGCCUUAGCGCAUCCCGAUCAGGAAAGAUUGUUUGCGGGGGUAUUGUCAGCAUGCUCGCCAAGAGCGCCCACAUCCAAGCCCCAUACCCCAGUCCCCACCAGCCACUGCCGGGUGAGCCUUAUCUCACCACCGCUAUCCUUGAGUCCAUGCGACUCUUCCGCUCGGCAGGCGAUGGUACACACCACUGGACCGUGGGUCAAAAUCAUGAUCCCAAGCUCCUCAUCACACCAGAAAAUAAAGGCAUUCUUGAUUUCCGAAAUCCCAUUCAUAUGACUGAUUGGCAAAUCAUUCCAUACAUCUUCCCCCACUCUUAUUCCACCGAGGUCGAUGAGCAAAGCGAAAAAAACAAGGAAGAAGGUGAUGAUGAUGAAGAAAAGGAGGAGCCUCACCAUGCUUCUCCCACCGGUGGUGGCAGCUCAUCCCAUUUUGCUGCACCCCCGCCUUAUCAUCAACAAUAUAUGGACGAAUUCCAAUCAAUCCAUACCCGCCUCGACACCUAUCAGCAGGAUAUUACCAGCCUGACCCAGAAUUUUUCCACCUUCACCACCCAGUACGCUCGGGAUCAAGAGCGUCAACGCAAACAUGAGGAGGACUUCUGGGCUUGGACCUGA